GGCUGGCUGCCAGCCCUGCCCUGCCCGCCCCCUCCCCGGCGCAGCCCCCCGCGCCAUGGCCCGGCUGAGACGCAGAGCCUGCAUCGCCCUCUUCCUCUUCACCCUCUUCAUCUUCGGCACCAUGAUGGGCCUGCGGACGCUGAAACCCUCCGACGGCUUCUCAGACCUGGCCCCGGGGCUGGAGCUGGCGCCCUUCGUGGAGCGAGGGGAGAGGCGCGCUGUCUCCCAUGAGGCUGUCUCCCGCCCCCAGGUGGCUACCAGCAGCGAUGCCAAGGCACCGACGCCUCCCAUGUACUACGACCUACACAUCUUCUACUACAUGUGGCAGGGGAACCCCCCCUCUGAUGGAAAGUACCUUCACUGGGACCAUGUCAUGGUGCCGCACUGGGACCCCAAGAUAUCUGCCAGCUACCCCAAAGGGCGGCACAGCCCCCCAGAAGACAUUGGCUCUAGUUUCUACCCUGAGCUGGGCCCUUACAGCUCCAGGGACCCGGAAGUGCUGGAGGAGCACAUGAACCAACUGAAAGCCGCAGCAAUUGGGGUCCUGGUUUUGUCAUGGUACCCUCCUGGCUUGGCAGAUGAUAACGGGGAGCCAUCAGAUAGUCUGGUGCCAUUUAUCUUGGAUGCCGCACACAGAUACGCCAUAAAGGUUGCCUUCCACAUCCAGCCGUACAAAGGGCGUGAUGACCACACUGUGCAUGAGAACAUUAAAUACAUCAUAGACAGGUAUGGCUCACACGCAGCUUUUUAUAAGUACAAGACCAGUACAGGACGGAGCCUCCCAUUAUUUUACAUUUAUGAUUCUUAUCUGACACCUCCCGAAUCCUGGGCCAACCUCUUCACCCCGUCGGGCUCUCAUUCCCUGCGCAAUACCCCGUAUGAUGCAGUGUUCAUAGCACUGCUGGUGGAAGAAGGACACAAGCAUGACAUCCUCUCCGCAGGAUACGAUGGCAUGUACACGUAUUUUGCAUCCAAUGGCUUCUCUUUCGGAUCAUCCCACCAGAACUGGAAAACUCUCAAAGCCUUCUGCGACUCAAACAACCUGAUGUUCAUUCCCAGCGUCGGCCCAGGCUACAUUGACACUAGUAUCCGCCCAUGGAACAACCACAACACUCGUAACCGAGUCAAUGGGAAAUAUUAUGAAACAGCUCUGCAGGCGGCACUCAUGGUGCGGCCGGAGAUUGUCUCCAUCACUUCCUUCAAUGAGUGGCACGAAGGCACUCAGAUUGAGAGAGCCGUCCCUAAGAAGACACUGACACGCCUGUAUCUGGACUACCUGCCGCAUCAGCCGAACAUGUAUCUGGAGCUGACCCGCAGGUGGGCAGAACACUUCAGCAAGGAGAAGGAGCAAUGGCUGAUGUGAUCAUUCUGCAUGGGAAGCCUCCAUGCUCUACAGCCUGUCCUUCCUCUACGAAAAAGGUCACAGUCAAAAGAAUCGGUUGUGAGAUGGGUGCUUUAAGAAGCCGUUGGGAAAGCAGCUUAUGAGUCACAGUGUCUGAUCAGGGCUGGUAGGUUUAUCCAGUGUUCUCCAUGAACAGCCCGGAGGAUGGUUUACAGCACCAACUCAACCACCACAGGUUGAAAUGUUAGUGAGUGGAGGAGUCUCUACGCAGCUCUCAGAUCUACUGCUGCUGUGAGUUUAGGACAAAUGUCCCUUUUAAACCCUUCUGGAUCUGAACUGGCCUGUAAGUGACCAGACCAGGGAGUGAAUGAGCAAGAGAUCAAUUUUUCCUCCGGUGCAGAUGUUUAGUGUGGUAUUUUACGUAUAAGCUGGGCUCCUAGCCCUAGCAUGUAUUUUAUCCUUGGCCCCUUCACCAGUUGCCUGCUGAUUAUAUACUCCUCACUCCACUAGCAGCUCUUAAGAGUGUGACUCCCCUUCUUAGUUGAUUAAAGAGUUAAUUGUUCCUCAAAAUUGUUUAUCAUAGAAGAAACUAAACCAUGCAGUUGACGACCCUUUGGUGCGGGGUGGCAUCUGUGAUCCAUUCUACCCAAAUAACUAAAAAUAAUUAGAGCUUGAAUGCUGGUGAUUUUAAACCUAUUGUAUGUAUUGGCCACCAAUGGACUGCAAAUGCUCUUUUAGUGUUUCACAUGUUCAAAACUUAGCCUUAACUUUGUUUUACUCUCCUCUCUAGAAUCAAAAGACGUGCAACCAGUGGCAAUAAACUGUAACAGAAAACACUAAUGUGUUCUCCCAGAAGGAAGUUACAUCACUAUAGAAUAAAUAUCCUUUUUAGUAACCAUGGUACAUGCAGGCCCUUCUAAAUCGGUUGUUUUAAGAACUCGUUUGUACUUGUCUUUUUCUUAAUAAAGUGAGAAGUGGCAGCUUUA